GGCGUUGAUUUUAGGUGACGCCGGAAGUAGUUGUGUUGUCAAGUUGUGGUGUCGGUGAACUCAGUUGGCGCUGAGUCGGAACGGCGGUUGUACCGGGCCCGGAGGUCCCGAUGUGUCAUCAACCAAAAAACGCAAAUUGUUGCUUGGAAACAGCAUGGCAGAAGGUCCUGCAAAACUGAGGUAUCGACGGCUGGAGCCAACUAUCCAGAAACUUGUUAAAGUUGCAAUCCCAAUAGAUUUGGAACGGUUACAUAAGCACCAGAUAAAUAUUGAGAAGUAUCAGCGCUGCUGUCAAUGGGACAAAUUGCACCAGGAACACAUCAAUGCGAGCCGCACUGUGCAGCAGCUACGAGCUAACAUGAAGGAAAUGGAAACUAUAUGCCUUCGAGUAAGGGAUGAAGAUUCUCAAGCUUUGGAGAAGAUAAUAAAUCCUGUUAAGGAACAGGCUACAGUAGCAGUGGAUCAAUUCCUGAAACUCCAUUCACAGUUUUCAGAAGUGCACAGUGACCAUGAAAAUGUAGAGAAUUCACAGGACCCACACUCAUCUCUGGUGAGAUCCCAGACUGUAGCAGGAACAUUCAUGGAUCCCCAAGACUCUGGCUCCCAGCUGCUCCAACAUUCUGUUCAGAUGACUGUGCAGCUGCCACAGAUCCCACCACAUCACGAUGCCACUGAAUCAUGGGAAAACCUAGAAGAGAACUUAAUUGAUCUUAGUAACUUGGUAAUUGAAUUUUCCCAGCAGAUUCAUACCCAACAGGAGAAGAUUGACAGCAUUGAAGACCAUGUCAGUACUGCCGCUGAGAAUGUUGAAGAGGGAACCAAGAACUUAGCCAAGGCCGCUAAAUAUAAACUUGCACUGUUGCCUGUGGCAGGUGCUGUCAUUGGUGGUGUGAUUGGAGGGCCCAUUGGUCUCCUGGCAGGCUUCAAAGUGGCAGGGGCUGCAGCUGCAGUUGGAGGAGGAAUACUAGGCUUCACAGGAGGGAGAAUGUUACUGAAGAAAAAGCAGCAGAAGAUAGAUCAGGAACUUGCACUUUCUACCAGCUGUGCAAAUCUGAAGACUCAAGCUGAAAAAAAAACCAGCUGAAUGCAGAAACUAGCUGAAGUGGCCUUGCAGAAAAAAUUACUGAGAAAAUUAUUUUUUUUUAAAACAA